GAUAAUAUGUUUCUUACAUUUGCACAGUCAGUGUGUCCUUCAUUGGAUCAAGUCUCAUGGGAAGUUCAAUGGAGUACAGUUCUGGAGACGACACUGACAAGAGUGACUCUGAAAUUGAGUAUGAGGAGAAAAUAUGUGAAGAACUGAGGAAUGGGGAUCACCAGUAUAAAGUAUCUGAUGAUGCUUACACUUGCCCCUUCUGUCCUAAUAAAAAGAAGCGAGAUUUCCUGUAUAAAGAACUCCUGCAGCAUGCAGCUGGUGUUGGCAAGUGCAAUUCAAAGAAGCGAACCAGGAAAGACAAGGCGAAUCAUCUUGCACUUGCAAAAUACUUGGAAAAUAAUGUAGCUGCUGAUGCUGGUCCUUCACAGCAAGCUACUAUAGUUGAUCCACUUGCAGAUCAUGAUCGUGACGAGAUGUUUGUCUGGCCUUGGAUAGGAAUUGUUGUUAACAUUCCUACUGUAUUUAAGGAUGGUCGCAGCGUGGGAGAGAGUGGUAGUAAACUAAGGGAUCAGUUGGCCAGGAGAGGAUUUAAUCCUACCAGAGUUCGACCUCUCUGGAAUUACCAGGGGCAUUCAGGAACUGCUCUUGUAGAGUUUCAAAAGGAUUGGUUUGGGUUCAACAAUGCUAUGUCCUUUGAGAAGGCUUAUGAGGCCGAUCAACAUGGAAAGAGAAGUUGGCAGGCAAAAACUGACUUUAAAUCUGAGCUUUAUGGGUGGGUUGCUCGAGCAGAUGACUACAAUUCUGAUACCAUUUUGGGAGAAAAUUUACGUAAGAUUGGAGACCUCAGAACUAUUUCUGAUAUCAUGGAAGAAGAAACUCGGAAGACACAGAAGCUUGUUGGAAAUCUAACAAAUGUCAUUGAGGCAAAGAAGAUGCACCUGCUAGAGAUGGAGAAUAAGUUCAAGGAGACUGAGAACUCGCUUAGCCAGUUAAUGACGGAGAAGGAUAAGCUUCUUCAAGAGUAUAACGAUGAGAUAAAAAAGAUUCAGUCAAGUGCUCAAGAUCAUUUCCAAAGGAUAUUCAAUGAUCAUGAAAAGCUGAAGUUGCAACUGGAAAAUCAGAAAAGAGAGCUUGAGCUCCGGGGUCAUGAACUGGCAAAACGUGAGACUCAUAAUGAAAAUGAGAGGAAAAAGCUUGCUGAGGAGCUUGAAGAGGUGUUGCAUUUCUUUCUUGCAUAUCUCUCUUGUUUGUGUAUUACCCACAUUGUGUGUCAGUGAUUUUGAAGGGAGCAA